AUGAGUUCCGAGAAUCAGCCUCUGCACACUGCAGAAGAGAGACAGUAUUACAACUUCUUCCUGGCCAACAUCAAACUUAUUGCCAGGACAAUGGGUCUUAUCACAGUAGCAGUGAUGUGGGUAUCCACGGUAAUCAUCAUCAACGACUACAGUAAGAGUUAUCUGGGAUAUUAUCUCAUAGCGGCUUCAUCUGUGGUGACAUUUUUCGAAGUGACCUGGAUCCUGGACAAGAUGGCAUGCUGUGUGCGUGAAGGUUGUUGCUGCCGGAUGUGGGCCGCCAUCAUGUGGGUAGACAACUGGAAGAAAUUUAUACUGUAUGUAUUGUUGGCUGUACCACUUUUUCUAGAGAACAUGCGCCUGGUUCUGGGCAUAGUUAGUGGACUGUUGCUGAUCCUUCUAUCGACAUUGUACCUCAUCAAGACAUUCAGAACCUAUAAUGCCGUGUACUAUGAAACAACGGAACAAAGAAGGCAGGUUAUUAUCUCCAAGACUCCGUCCAUCCAACAUCGGCUGUAUACCGCCACCGAUGUAUCAGAGGACGGAGGUGCUACUGGCCCCUCCCCGAGUUAG